AUGACAAGCUUGCUAGAUUUUCCACAAUCGGUGGUCAAUGAAAUCUUGUACUUUCUUCCUCAGAAUCUUCUAUUCAAUUUGGCACUUACCAAUUUUCAAUUCUAUGAGCCAUGUCUACGUAAGCUCUACAAGAAGUUGGUAAUCCAAAUCGACCCAGUGUUGAAGAAUACAAAAGAGCCAAAUCCAAGGCAGCGUCUUGACCACUUGGAGCUGUGUAUCACUACCAUAAGCGGCUUUGCCUCUGUUGAAUCCUCUCCAGAAGCCCACGCUAGAAUGUUGGAAGCAAGAUUGAAGACUAUAUGCUUGGCCAUUCAGGUGAACCCCACCUUGGCCACUUACAUUGAAGAAAUUACCAUUGCUGAUUUUCAUAUGGCUGAUCUGACUCUCACUGCCAUCCAGGAGCUACUUUCCACCAUUUCUUCGGUGCCAAAUAACGUCCAUAAGCUCUACAUUGCGAAUAAGGUCACCAGAAGAGAUCUACUUAAUGAGAUAUGUCCUAAAGGUCUUCUGGACUUGUCAGAGAAAUUUCGUUUGAAAUCUAUCUGCAUUGAUAGUCUUGGCCAAUUAAACCACUUACUGGAUCAUUUACCUGAUUUAGAGGAGCUCAUUAUUGCUGAUGUGUUCGUCGAACCUGAAACCCUAAACCCUUCUGCCAUCCGUACUCUUGAGAAGCUCAAAGUUCUCUUGAUUCGGGAUGACCCUGAAGUCUUUGGACCAGUCAGCUCGGCGCUUUGGGAUUUGUUCUGCACGUCCCCGUUUUGGAUGCUGAAUUUGAAGACGUUUAAUGUGGUACAUACUCAUGAGAAUUCCAGACACGGUUACCCAUACAUUAAUUUCGACAAGAUUGAGAAUUUCCAAAUUUCUUUGGGGUGCAAUGUCCCCGAUUGUGACCAGGAAUGUUUGCUCCCUAGCUUGGCCCGGUUUGAUUUCUCCAACCUCAAAAGACUUUCGGUGAUCCAAAACAGCGAUUACAAGUUGAAUUCUCAUCUGUAUUGCGAAAAAUGGGAUCUCACGGUGUUUCAAUUUGUUAAAUCUAUUGUGGAUGAAUCGGACACUUUAUUCUACCUUUCCAUUCGUCACAAUGUUCCUCCUGAUGGAAUCAUCAAUGAUGGUUACGAAGGAAACUAUAUGCGGAAGGUUAAGCUCUAUACCAUCCUCUUGCCAAACCUCUUGGCCACCAUCCAGAGGCAUGUGGUAAACCUAGUGCUCCCCAAUUUGGUGGCCAGCAUGGCCUGCUACGAACAGCCCAUGAAUACAUUUCUCUGGAAUGGUUGUAAAUGUGCUCACUGUGAGAAAUAUCUUGAGCAUUUGGACGAUUAUCUCCUUCAUCACAGAUAUUUCAGCGGAGAGAAACAUGUGUUCAAGGAUAUUCUUACUACGCAGUUGAUGCGGUCAUUGAGUGAGGUUUUGGUUGACCGGGUGGUGAUGGAUUCCAACUUGGGUGACUUGUACCAGCUUUUCGGGCCCAUGAGGAAUAGAACAUGGAACUUCCAUAACAACAAGUUCUCUAUUCCGUUCCGGUGCUUACCUGUAAAAACAUAUGAGGUCGCUGAGUUUGAAGAUGACAAAAUGGACGAUAAGCGAGGCCGUACUCUUGACUACGAGGGAGCAAGGAAGAAAUGUAAGUACCUCCACAGCGAGAAGUUCUUUCCGAACUACCUGAUUGUUGUGUCGCAUUUCCUUAACGACAUCAUCCGUAAGAUGAUCAACUUGAACCGAGGCGACGCGGAAGAUGUCAACAUUGGUCUGGUGACCGACGAAAACGAUGGAUAUACCAAUUUGCGGAUCAACAAAAUGUUAGUGAAUGGUAUUGACUACAAUUUUGACCACGAGAUCAAUGGAACGAUCUUCUUCAUGAAUUCGUUCGACGGAACGGAUGAUGAAUAG